UACACUCUGUUGCAAAAUGCAUUCUCUGAGUAAACGUGGGUUACUCGGUCUCCCAAGGCUCUUGAAAAUUUAUUCCUACCAAGAAUUGCAUCACAGUUUUAGGUAUUCUGCAAGACUUUCAGCGCUAACGAGUGGGUUGGAUCUAACAACAAAAAAGCAUAAUUUUUCAAACUUCAUGCACAAGUACAAUUUUCAAGGCCACAAAUGCCGUUCAUUGUUCAAUUAACCAUUAUUCCAAGAUAAGCAAUAUUAUUUUCCGUGCUCUGCAUUCUGCCAAAGUAAUGAGAUUUUUUGAUAGAGUUUUAAUGCUACCACUGAUCUGAAAACGCGUUGACAUUUUUAGAUCAAGUCUGUUGACUUUUUCUAUUUCAUAAACUGUAAAAAAAAUGUUUUCACAAUUAAAAAUUCAAUCAAAUCUUACCAAAUAGUUAAUAAUUAUAUUCGGUAGAUGGUGCACAGUAUGUUGCAAAGUUUUGGUCGUUGGUGGUGGUACCGGCGGAUGUUCAAUGGCAGCAAAAUUAUCCCGGAAGUUUAAGGGAUCGCCCAAACACGUUAUAGUAAUAGAACCAAACGAGUUGCAUUAUUAUCAACCGAUAUUUACACUGGUUGGUGGGGGACUGUCAGAUUUUGAGUCAUCCAGGCGACCCAUGAAAAACGUGCUGCCAAAAAAUGCACAAUGGAUCAAGGACAGCGUUAUGGCGUUCGAACCGGAUAACAACAAAGUCAUAACCAGCAACGGUGAUACCAUUGAGUACGAUAUUAUGAUCGUGGCUAUGGGCCUUCAACUACUUUGGGAUAAAGUUCCAGGGUUGAUCAACGGUCUCCGUGAUCCGGAUGCUCAAGUCUGCUCGAUUUACGGGCCGGAAACGGUAACGGAGGUUUUUAAAAAGAUGGAAAAUACUCGAGACGGUCAAGGAGUAUUCACGUUUCCAAAUUCGCCGGUGAAGUGUCCCGGAGCGCCUCAGAAAAUUUGCUACAUAGCUGAGGAUUAUUGGCGUCGUAAGGGUCUGAGGAAAAAUAUCCGAGUUACAUACAACACGUCAUUACCGGUGCUGUUCGGCGUGAAAAAAUAUGCAGACGCACUUUGGGAAGUCUGCAGAAGUCGAGAUAUCGAAGUGAACCUUCAAAGAAGUCUCAUUGAAGUUCGAGGCUCGAAGAGAGAAGCGAUUUUUCAAAAUUUGCAAAAUCCUGAGGACAUCGUUGUUGAACAAUAUUCCUUCUUGCACGUUUGUCCGCCGAUGGGUCCGCCGGAAAUUUUAAAGAGACACGGAAUCCUCACGAACGAGGCAGGCUUUUUGUGCGUCGAUUCACAAACUUUGAGACACACGCGUUACAAAAAUAUUUACGGUCUCGGUGAUUGCACGACAACGCCCAAUUCAAAAACGAUGGCGGCAAUUGCUUCACAAGCCAAAGUAUUGUACGAAAAUAUAAUGGACGAUUUGUCGGGCAAGGCCAUGAGCCAUUCUUACACCGGUUACGCAUCUUGUCCUCUGGUGACAGGCCCAGGAAAAUGCAUCCUCGCUGAAUUCGAUUAUAAUCUUCGUCCCAUGGAAACGUUUCCAGUUGACCAGAAACGCGAAUUGUGGAUAAUGUAUAUUAUGAAAAAGUAUUUCUUCCCCUUUCUUUACUGGAAUUUCAUGCUUAAAGGGUAUUGGAACGGACCGGAAGUAUUUAGAAAAUAUCUGACAAUAUUUUCUCAAAAAUCAUAAAAGCCUGUGAAUUUGGCUUCUGAGCAGGUGAAAUUGCAGCCAGACCACAAUUGAAAUGUUAGUUUUACUAUAUUUUUAAUACUAGUAAAGUGUAUGUACAUUUUUUACAUAUUUCUACACUCUUCAAUACUCAACAGUCGCUUUAACCACUCAACGAAGGAUAUUUUUCCAUGUUCUUAAAUACUGUUGUUAUAAAUAUUUGUAUAUUAAUUAUUGUAAUUACGUGGUAUACUUACCUGUCAUUAUAGAUGCUCAAAUAUUAUUUAGGGACGAAAAUAAAAAUAUUGCUACAAAAAAAUGAAAACAGAAUUUAGAAUCAAAAACCAUC